CGCAGUGAAGAAGGAGAAGCUGCUGAGUUUUCCGGACAGAGACCGUGUUAGGAAACGUGGCCUUAUGAUAGAAUCGUGUUUGUGUCGUUAAUCUUCUGUGUUCAGCUCCAGCUUUGUUUCCCUCUCCGUCAUGGCUGAUGUGCAGCAGCAGGGUUCGCCGCUGGACGCACCGAACGGAACCGACACCGGAACCGACUCCGGAACCGCGGCUCGGUUUGUGGCCACAGCCGAAGGGACAGCGCUGGCUUACGGCAGCCUGGUGCUCAUGGCGCUGCUGCCCAUCUUCUUUGGAGCUCUGAGAUCCGUCAGCACCUCUAAGAGCAAGAACUCCUCGGACAUGCCUGAGACCAUCACUAGCAGAGAUGCUGCUCGUUUUCCCAUCAUCGCCAGCUGCACUCUGUUCGGGCUUUAUCUCUUCUUCAAGAUUUUCUCCCAAGAAUACAUCAACUUACUGUUAUCUAUGUACUUCUUUGUUCUGGGGAUUUUAGCUCUGUCACACACAUUGAGUCCCUUCAUGACCAGGUUUCUUCCUGCUAAUCUGCCUAAUAAACAGUUCCAGCUGCUCUUCACUCAGGGCUCCGGGGAGAACAAAGAAGAAAUUGUGAACUACGAGUUUGACACUAAAGACCUGAUUAGUUUGGGAAUCAGCAGCGUGGUGGGAGUGUGGUACAUCCUGAAAAAGCACUGGGUGGCUAAUAAUCUGUUCGGUUUGGCUUUCGCUCUGAACGGAGUGGAGCUGCUUCACCUGAAUAACGUGAGCACUGGCUGCAUCCUGCUCGGAGGACUGUUCGUCUACGACAUCUUCUGGGUGUUUGGCACUAAUGUCAUGGUGACGGUCGCCAAGUCCUUCGAAGCUCCAAUCAAGUUGGUCUUCCCUCAGGACCUUCUGGAGAGAGGACUGAGUGCCAGUAACUUUGCCAUGCUGGGACUCGGAGACAUCGUUAUUCCAGGAAUCUUCAUUGCUCUGCUGCUUCGUUUUGAUGUCAGUUUGAAGAAGAACACACGGACAUAUUUCUACACCAGCUUUCUGGCCUACAUAUUCGGCCUUGGCCUCACCAUCUUCGUCAUGCACACGUUCAAGCAUGCACAGCCUGCAUUGCUGUACCUGGUCCCGGCGUGUGUGGGCUUCCCAGUGAUGGUGGCUCUGUUGAAAGGGGAACUGACUGAGAUGUUCAGGUAUGAAGAAACUUCCCCCGAGUUGGAUGCAUCAAAUAAAGAAGAAAAAACAGAAUCCGAUAAAGACAAAUAAAACUGAAGGAAAGCGUCACUUCUCCUCCGUCACUUCCCGUUUUUCACCACUGUAUUUCCAGGUUCCACCACCAGGGGUCAGCCGACUCUCUCGUGAUCUCUUUUUUUCCCUGGAUUAAAAGAUGGCUGUUUUUUUUUUUCUUGUAGUUUCUAAAUGUUUGUAAAACAUGAUGUUGUACAACAGCUUUACUCUGUGUGUGUAUUCCUCUUUAUUACUCUCUCUGGCUUUGUGUUGAGUUUAUUCAACUUUAUUUUGUUUAUUUGAAAUUAUUUGGAAUUAAUUUUAUUGGCUGUUUUAUUAUUGUUCAGUGCAGGAGCCCAGAGUUUAGUCAGAUAUCUGACUUUUAAUGCAGCAGUUUAAAAAUCUGCAGUGUCUCUUUAACCCAGACGUCUUUGCUCAGUCAGGACGUGUUCAGUGUCUGAUGUUUACUGAUCUGACCGGUGAUGAAAGUCUGAAUCAUCCAAGCUUUUCACUUUAGAGGACAUGACUGAGCUCUGGAGUCUCUUAUUUAACAGCUUAAGUUUAAAAGCUUUUCAGUCUUUCAAAUCUAGGGGUGUGGCCUGUGGUGGGGGCGGAGCUUGUCCUCAACAUUUCAGGUACAGUGUUCUAUACAGUGAGGUUUAGGUGUGUGUGUUUUUCUCAGACUUCAGACCUGAACAUCUCUCAUCUGAUUAAAUACGUCAAAGUUCAACAAAGUUUAAUGUCUGGAUUUGCAGAAGUGAUGAGUUUAGUGUUUAAUGAUUGAUGUCUGAAACUGAACCCACAUUUUAACACCAUAGUUCGUUGAAUCACCUGCACAGGGACCAACAUUUACAUUUCCAGCCUUUAGAAAAAUAUAACACAAAAUUCUUCCUGCUGUUUAUUUAAACAAAAAAAUUCAACAUGCAGCAUGUUAAGAGGUUUUGGACCCCGAGGUGUUGGACCCUGAGGUGUUGGACCCCGAGUGUGACAGAUGGAUUAAGUGAAAGUGUUGAGAUGUGAAAUUGGACCUGUGAGAUCAGAUCUCGGAGCUCAGUAAGGUUUCUAUAAGGUUUCUUCUUCUUCUGUUUUUUUUGGCACUGCAGUUAAAGCUUCUUUGAGGAGCAUAAAGUCUUUUAUUCGUGUUUUAUUUUUAUUUUUUUUGCAAUAAAUUGUGGUUUUUACCACUGUAGAGAAGCAUGAACAA